GGGCGGGACAGAAAGUGACGUCACAGCUCGUCCAAGAUGGCCGCGCGAGUGCUCCAGUGAGGCUAACUCACUGAUGACUAACAAACGUUUGCCUCGCGCUCGGAGACUGGCGGAAGCGUUUUCACUCGGAACCUUCGAGCCCAUGGAGUAAAAGUGCGCAGAUCCAUUCUUUGGCUUCGGGCGACUUUAAAGUUUGUGGUCAAGUCAGACCAGCUUCCUCUGUGAAGGCUGACCCACAGGAAGCGGACAGACCUCCCGGUGUCUACAGUCUUCAUCACAGUUCCACCACCGUGAGAGAACCCAGUUUCUGUGUUCCUCUCCACAAACGUCUGGCAGCCCGUGACGAUGGAGCGGCUGUAGAGGUUUCCUGGACCGGAAAGAUCCGCCCCUUUGGCGCGGCGCAGCAUGGACAGCUUCUUCAAAGCCGCCGUGUGUGAUCUGGACAAACUGCUGGACGACUUUGAGCUCAAUUCUGAUGAACUGGAGUGCAGACCCACGUUCCUGAAGCCCCCCGCCUACCCCUUCUCCUCUCUGGGAUCUCCCUCGGAGCCCCCCGUCGCCCCGCCGAGCCUCCCGGACCUCAGCUCCAUCCACUAUGGUUCUGCCAGCAGCUGCCUGGACGGCCCUGGCGCUCGGAUCUCCGGCUCUCAGGACGGUGAGGUCGAAGGUCGUCCCCUCACAGGAGUCGACCUUCUCUCCUCUGUGGAUCACGGCACAACCAAAAGCUCCGCCCCUCCCUGCCCGGACCGCAAUCUGAAACCAGUGUGCGACCUGGUGAACGACACCAGCUCCGCCAUGCUGGUCCGGACCGACAGCCACGAUGCGUUCAGGGAGCUGGAGGCGGUGGAGACGCAGGAAGAGGAGGCGCUGCUGGUGGAUUUCGACAGCCCUGUUGUCACGGAGCACAGAGGAGCAGACGCCACCGGUGGCGAGGAAGGUCCGAGCUGCUCGGAGACGCUGCUGGAGCUAAGCGGCGGGUUCUCUGCCUCCCUCAGCCUGCUGGACGUCAUCCUGUCUGCAGCCGCAGACCGAGGCUCCGAGCUCUCCGAAGACUCGCCGUCCACCGCCGCCUCCGCUGAUGGUGAGCAGGUCCCGGGCUCUGUCCGCUCAGACCAGGACCUGCAGGUCUCUGCGGACCCCCGGGAGUGGGAUGAUGCUGACGGCAGCGGAGAAACGAGCUCAGUGAAAUGUGACCAUGACGCUGAAGCGGCGCGUCCUCUGGACCUCAGAGGCGGGUCUUCCGGUGGUGGAGCGCUCGGUUUGUCCUGCCCGCCGCUGGCUGCGUUCCGAGGCCCCGCGGGGUCCAGGACUUCAGAGGAUGGCAGUGAGGAAGAGCCGCCAGAGGAGGAAGAGGACGUGUGCGAGAGCGCAGAGGCGGACUCCCUGCUGGUCUCCCACGCCCUGGAGAACCGCAUGCAGGAAAGCGCUGACGCGGAUCAGAUCGCUGAGGUCAGACUGUCCCCGGAAGGACAGCAAGUCCUCAUGGAGCCUGCUGUUGCCCCCACAGACAUGUCCCCUGACCAGUCUGAAACCAGCCCCCUGGACCCCCCAGAGUUUGGUUUCGAGUAUCUGCCGGAGAGCGACCAGGCGGAGCUGCUGGUCACAGACGAGGAGCUGGACGCCUUCCUGAAGGAGCACGCGGAGGCGGAGCAGGGCGCCGGGGGGCCUUACUGCGGCGGGCCCGAGUCACAUCCGGGCCUGGGGUGCUGGCUUGAGAAGAGCGAGCUGCGGAUGUGCGGCCAGGAGAGGCAGGAGGGCGUGCAGGGUGGGGCCUCUCCAGAAAGCGACAGAGCCUGCGCCUCCGCAGAAGGAGGUUCUGAUCCGGCUGCUCCGGCAGGAUCAGAGAACUCCCACGCACUACGGCAGGAACGCUCCCCUGGAGUAAACCGUUCUCUAACAAGCCCCGACCAGCCGACCUCCUAUGGAGGUGCCAGACCCAAACUCUCACACCACCUGACUGCAAGACCCCCACCAGCAGGAGAGGACGAGGAGGAGCGCAUUCCGGCGCUGGCUGCUCCUCCAGGAUCAGCAGAGAACGAGGACAGUUCAAGCACCAGUCCCGCAGAGGAACACCCCAGCCCUCCGUACCCCUCCCAGGAGCACCAGGAGUACAGCGUGGGGUACGAGGAGCUGUCCGAGCCCCCGCCCUAUCCCGGCGAGCCGCUCCCAGACGCCGCGGGGUCGGCCAACGGCAGGAGAGACGGAGGGGAGGAGCUGGGGAGCAGACAGCCCGCCUGGGUCCCAGACGCAGACGCCCCCAACUGCAUGAACUGCAACCAGAAGUUCACUUUCACCAGGAGGCGGCACCACUGCCGCGCCUGCGGACGGGUGUACUGCACGCUGUGCUGCAGCAGGAAGUGCAAGCUGAAGUACCUGGACAAAGAGGCCCGAGUCUGCGUCAUCUGCUUUCACAUCAUCAACACAGGUCAGGCCCUGGAGCGGAUGAUGAGCCCCACCGGUCCCAGCCCAAACCCCAACAUCCCCUCCGAGUACUGCAGCACCAUCCCCCCUCUGCAGCAGGCCCGAGCCGCCGGCACCCUCAACUCGCCGCCGCCCACCGUCAUGGUGCCCGUGUCGGUCCUCAAGCACCCAAACCACGACGGUUGUCCUCGCGAACAGAAGCGGGUGUGGUUCGCCGACGGCAUUCUGCCCAACGGCGAGGUGGCGGACACGACUCGGCUGUCGGUGACCCAGCGCAGGAGCUCGCAGGAGUUGACGCCGGAGGAAACGGCGCCCGGGUCUGAGGUCGGCAGCCCGGCCGAGCUGGAGGCCUCCGGGUUAGUGGAGCCGGUCCGGCCCCCGCUCUCUGGACCCUGGGACUACGCUCUGCUCGCCGGGAUCGGCUCCUCGGUCAGGAGGGUUCCCAGUCUGCUGCCGGACGACGAAGACCAGCUGCCGCCACUGCUCAUCACCACCGGAGAGGACGACGAAGGAGGAGAUGUUCUGGUGGAGGAAAGCCCGGCCCCCUGCCAGAUCCUGCAUUUACUGGAGGAGGGAGGCCCCCGGCCGCUCACCUUUGUCCUGAACGCCAACCUGCUGGUCAACGUCAAACUGGUUCCCUACGGCAGCAGGCGGUGCUGGUGCUUCGGCUCCAACGGACUGCGGGCUCUGGGGCAGAUGGAGCUGGUGUUUGUGCUGGAGUGUCUCCCCGAGGAGAAGGCUCUUCCCAGAGACGUCUUCUCGCUCUACCUCAGCGUCUACCAGGAUGCCCAGAAAGGGAAGUUUUUGGAGGAGUUGGAUAACCUGACCUUCACCAGCAGCUUCUUGGGCAGCAAGGAUCACGCCGGGAUGCUGUUCUUCGCGCCCAGCUGUCAGCCUCUGGACGGCCUCACGCUCCCCCCCCGGCCCUUCCUGUUCGGCCUCCUCAUCCACAAGCUGGAGGUCCCCUGGGCCAAGGUCUUCCCGCUGAGGCUGCUGCUGCGGCUCGGCGCUCAGUACGACGUUUAUCCCACCCCUUUGGCCAGCGUCCGCUUCCGGGAGCCUUUGUAUCGGGAGACCGGACACACCAUCAUGAACCUGCUGGCUGACCUGAGGAAUUACCAGUACAGCCUGCCGCUGGUGAAGGGUCUGAGGAUCCACAUGGAGAUGGGCCACAGCUACAUCCACAUCCCCAAGAGCAGCUUCCACGAGAUGCAGAAAGUGCUGAACGCGUCCAACGAGCACGUCAUCAGCGUCGGCGCGGGCUUCAGCCCCGAGGCCGACUCCCACCUGGUGUGUGUCCAAAACGAGGAGGGCGCCUACCAGACGCAGGCCAACAGCAUGCCGGGGAAGACGCGCACAGUGACGGGAGCCAGUUUCGUGGUGUUCAACGGAGCGCUGAAAGCCUCGUCCGGAUUCAUCGCCAAGUCCAGCAUCGUGGAAGAUGGGUUGAUGGUUCAGAUCCCCCCGGAGACCAUGGAGUCUCUGCGCUCUGCUCUGAGGGAGCAGACGGACUUCCACAUCACCUGCGGGAAGAACGACGGCGGCGAAGUCCACGAAAACGUCACCAUCCUCUGGGUGGACCGGACCCCUGCUGUCAACGCCGGGAAGAGCAGCGGGGUGGAUGGGCGGGCCCUGGACGACGUCCACAGCGUGCGGCUGCAGCAGGACGCAGAGUUUGAGCUGAACGGCCGCAGCAUCCGAUGCACAGAGGUGUUUUACCAGCUGAAGGCUCCAGACAGCAGCCUCGCCGCCGUGCUGUCCGCCUGCAGCGCCUUCCAGAAGGAGAUCGCCUUAGCCACCUGCAGCACGCUGACCCCUCACCUCGCCGUCCUGGCCUCCAGCGGCAUCAACUCCUUCUCGCUCCGGAUCUCCACGCAGGCCGACAUGGUGGAGUACCAGGCAGGUUCCGGAGGCAGGCUCCUCCCCCAGCGCUACAUGAACGAGAUGGACAGCGCUCUGAUCCCCGUCAUCCAUGGAGGCGGAGCCAGCGUUCCCCAGACUGCCAUGGACAUGGAGUUCGUCUUCUUUGUGACUCACGCCAUCUGAGGCAGCUGCAGCGUUAUGAAACAAAGAAGGUGGGGCCGCAGACGGGUGGAGCCCCGGCAGCUGCUGUGGGCUCCGGUCUGCAUGUCUGCAGUCAUGAAAGUGUUUUUGUGGAGCUGACCAAAGUAAAAACACUUCAACUUGUAGCGACCUCUGCCUUCAUGGCUCCGCCGGAGCUGCUGAAUGUUUCCGCAAACACUCCCAAGAGGAGCCCCCUCCCACAAGGAGGAGCCCCUCCCACAAGGAGGAGCACCUCCCACAAGGAGGAGCACCUCCCACAAGGAGGAGCGUCCUCCCACAAGGAGGAGCGUCCUCCCACAAGGAGGAGCGUCCUCCCCACAUGGAUGUAUUCAUUCAUUCUGAAUGGAGCGACAGCAGAGAAACUGCCGCUUCCUGAAACUGACUCUGCAAAAGACCAAGUGCUUUCAGUCCAUGGUCCGGUCCGGUCCAGUCUGGUGUCUGCUCAGGUUUCCCGCAGACAUCUUACUGUAAAACUGUUUGUUUUUUCUUUUUUGUAAACCAGGGCCCUAAAACCGCCGCCGUUCGCUCCGUCUGUGUUCCAUGAACAAUCGGAAACGAGAAUCGCAGCUCCAGUCCAGAAAUGGCGGCAAAGUGGAGACGAGUAUAAAAAACCCAUAAAUCCAGGAGCAGACGGAUCGUUUUAAAACCACAAACCCAGUUUUUAUCCACACCAGUUGAUCCGUCAUUUAACAUGUUCAGAGGUUCUGUUUGGCACCAUCCACACAAAACUCAGCAAACGUAGAGAAUUAAAUGAUUUAAUUCACCUGGAAACACAAAGAUGUUCAAAAAUCCCAGUACAAUUGUACUACAGAAAAAUACACCUUUUCUCUCAAGUACUUAUCUCUGUUCCUUAUUAUAUGCAAAUUAUCCAGAGGAUGGCUCCACCCACCUCAUUUACAUAUUCAGGUGAUUUUUAAGAUUUAAAGAACUGAAAUGUAUUUAAGAAGUUCCAGAUGGAAAUGUGAUUUAUUCAUGUAUUUAUGCGUUUUUAAGUCAUUUUCCGUCCUUCAAAGCAGAGUCCAGAACACCAGCGCCUCCUCUUCUUCCUCUUCCUCCUCUUCCUCCUGUCAGCUCCUAAAAGCAUGAAAACAGGGGAGACAGAGCUUCGCUGUGAUGCUGCAAACACUACAAAAUCCAUAAUUGUCUUUCAGUGUUUCUUCUUCUCCAACCAAAAAUCCAACUUUGGUGAAGUCUGUGAAUGAAAGACAGUUUACACGUUCAAAACCCGUCAAGGCCUCCGGCUUUCCCGCCUUUCAUCAGGAAUCAAACGCUCUUGUUUUCUGGAAGCACGAGAACAGACCGUUCUGGACGUUUCCAGUGAAAAUGUGAAAACAGGGCCCAGCUGAUGUGUGGGCGGAGCCUGAACAGGCCACUGUAGCCAACCAAUCCCAGGUUUUGAAGGCGGAGCUAAACCUCUGACGCUUGGCGGGCCCCUCUGGAGCGUCUGGCGGUCGAUAAACUCUGGUUCGAGUCUGAACAGGGCGAUAGGGAGGGGGGCGAUAGGGAGGGGGGCGGGGCUCCAGUGAUUGUGUCAAAGUUUCUGUGUUUUUUUUUGAAUAAAUACAUAUAUUGAAGAGUUAUUUUUGAAACUAUAGACGUGGAUAAAAGCUGAUAUUUUUGAUAGGGGUCGGUGAGGUCAUGACAGAGAUCCGCUGGUUCCUUUGAGGUUCUGGUUGGACCCGCUUUGAGCUGCAGCCUCUCACUUUGAGGGGAAUUAAACCAUCAACUUCAUCAGCAGAGAAAACAUUCUUCCAGCUUUUCUAGUUUCUUUUCACAAAACUCUGCAGCCAUUUUUGUCAAAGCCUCGGCGUCUUACGUUCUGUGUGGCGACCAGCAGACGGGCAGAACCGGAACCCGUCUGUUUAUUGUGGACUGGAGCUGGGGGUCCGACAGAACGACUCCAGGCUGUUUUCAUCGGUGUCAGCUUUUCCUCUGGGUUCAGCUCCGUCCGGUUCUUGUCUUCACCGUAACUUCUGUUUUUGGAAAAACAGCUGAAGCUGGACCGGUGCAUCGUGGAACCCGAUGGUUCAACCCGAAUGACUCAAAUAAAGAACCGUUCCUUUGAGUCUGUGCCGAGGGGAACGUCAGCAAAAUUGUCCUGAAGGAAAACUAAAAUACGAGAACCUACAGAAGACGGAGGCGGAGAACCUGUUCUGGAAUUGACUAACGUUCAGUGUGACUGAGGUCACGUGACCACGUCACACCAGAGCAACAGCUGAGUUGAACUCAGAAGAAACUCUGUCCUACAAAACGUUCCACCACAAAGCUCGAUUCCUUCAAAGUAACCAACAGCUUUCCCCAUCAUGCAGUGCUUUGAACAGAAGCUGUUGGCGGUUCUCCCCUCAGCUGAUGGAGGUUCUACUUAGCGGGGGAAGGUUCUCCUCAGGCCCUGACACUUGAAGAGCGGCUCUUGGAGGUCAGUCGUCGGGUUUUAAUGUCAAUCCUGCAGGUUAGAACCUUUUUUUUUGUCACUUUGGUCCAGCGGAACCCCUUCUUGGAUGUAAAUUCAGAUCCAGCUUUCUUCUCGAUCUCCAGAAUGAGAACUUCUUUGAUGCUCUGUGAUUGUUUUCAAAGCGUUAUUUCUAUUUAUUUUUAACACCAGCUUUAUUUUGGCGGCCUGAAUGUGUAUUUAAGGAAAUAAAAGCUUUGAUGAAACCC